AUUGAGCAAUCCCUGAGGUCAAAAUGGACAUGGAACAAAAUAAGUGUAAAAUUGUUAAAAUAACACACCAAGAUCUCAUUGAUGGAGUAAAGAAGCUAUCUUUAGAGCCUCAUAAAGAGAAAACAGGCAGUCUAGAUCGUCGCAGGCGACCAGACAGGGAAAUUUACACACCAGGCGCCUCACGCCUUUCAAAAAGCUCUGAGCAGGACACCCCAAGCCAGGGUAUCGAAUCUCCCAAAAAAGAAAAGACAAGAAAGAAAAGACCAGAUGUUGCGAUAUAUGUACCGAAACCAAGGCAAGAUUCACUGGGAGCUGCAAAGACCAAAGAGGCGGUGCAACCAUCUGCACAACCACCUCCAGCUGCACAACCACCUCCUGCUGCACAACCAUCAAUAGAUAUUCCUACUAGGAAAGUAGACAUUGAGGAUGAUAGGUUGGUGAUCAAUGUUGUCAAUGAAGCAGUUGCGGGAUUUAAUGAGGAUGUCAGUGAAGAGAAAGGGUUGAAAAAAACAGAUGGCUCUCCUUCUGAAAAGGAGUUUGUACAUGGUGCAAGUGGAGAGGAGACUGUUAGCCAUAAACAAGGUGCCAAAAAGACGAGACAAGUUGAAAAACAACGAGAUAAACCAACGACAGCUUCUCCUGAGUCUAAUAAAGUCCACAAAGAAAGGACCGAACAGAGGAAACCAAAGUUUGAAUCAGAUACACACGAUGGUCCUAUUCCUACAAUGGUAUUUGAAAAUACAAAUUUCAACAAUGAAAAGACACAAUUAGAAAACAGUGCAACAAAAUCUAGUAAAAAUAAAUCAUGGAAGAAUAAUAGAUGGCGUCAUUCCUCAGCUGAAAAAGAGGUUGAGAAAGGUGAUAUUCAAGAUGGUGAGAAAAAAAGAAACAACUCUGGAAAUGAUGAACAUAGAGAUUAUAGUGAACACUAUGAAGUUGAAGAUGAUGAGCUUGAAGCCAGACUUAAAGGUAAAGAUGGUGCUGAUGAAGACUUCAGGAAUAGUAAUAGAAAUGGCAACCAUGCCAGGAAAACAAAUAGGAAAAGUGCAACUGGAAAAAAUAAAGCAGCACAUCCAAGUGAUUCUGAAAAAGAUUUAAAAAAGCACUCAAGGGGGAAGGAUUCAGAAAAACAUUCAAAGUACUCAAGGGGGAGAGAUUCUGAAGGGGAUUCAAAGUACUCAAGGGGGAGAAAUUCAGAUGUGGAUUCAAAGUACUCAAGGGGAAGGGAUUCAGAAGGGGAUUUUAAGUACUCAAGGGAGAGGGAUUAUGAAGGGGAUUCAAAGUACUCAAGGGGGAAGAAUUCGGAAAGGGAUAGGACAAACUCAAGGGGUAGGAAUUCUGAAGGGGAUUCAGAACAAUCAAGGAGGAAUGAUUCAGAUAGGGAUUUGAAGUACUCAAGGGGGAAAAUUUCAGAAGGAGAUUUGAAGUACUCAAGGAGGAGGGACUCAGAAGGGGAUUCAAAGUUUUCAAGGGGGAGGGAUUCUGAAGGGGAUUUGAAGUACUCAAGGGGCAGGGAUUCAGAAAGGGACAAAAAGCCUGAUGAUGUACAUAGACAUGAAAAGCGAAGAUUCAGUGAGAAUGAGUCUAGAUCUCAAAAAUGGAGCAAUAAAAAUGAAUA